AUGGCUGAUAAAUCAUUUGACACAACAAUUGUAUUGAAAACAAUAAAUCUAUUAAAAGCAUUAAUUAAAUUUCAUAUUGGUGCUUUACCAUUUAUACAUUAUAAUACUGCCGAUCAAUUAAUAAAUCGAAUAUCAGCUUCAUUACAAUAUUUUCUUAACAAUGUAACAACUAAUCAAGCUCUUUUAUUCGAAAGUUGUGAAUAUCUUCAUAUUAAUUCAUUAAUUCGUGAACAUUGCCGUGAAACUUGUAAUAUGAUUAGUAAUGAUAUUCAAAAUUCACUUAAAGUUCCACGAAAAAUAAUACUUAUUACAUGCAAUGAUAAAAUUGUUCAUAUGUAUCAUAGUCCUGAUCAAAGUCGUCCGAAUAAUGCUGAUCUAUUUCUUCUUGUUCUUAAUAAUACAAGUCGAUCAUUACGACAAGAAUUUGAACAACAAAUUAAUCUAACAAAUGUAAUGGCACAUAAAUUUCAACAAAGUAUGAAUAAUCUUAAUGAAAAUAUAAUCAAUUCAGCAAGAACUAGUGUUGUUAGUAUUCCAUCUCAACUAACCGAACGAACAAAUUCUUGUCCAAAUUUUUCCCUUUCAACAUCAACAACAUCAUCAACAUCAAGUGAUAAAUCUGGAAUAACUCAUCGUAGUGAAAUUGUUUUCUUAAGAACAUCGAAUAAGAUUAUUGCACCUUUUACAUUAUUUACAAUACCAUUAACAGAUAAUGUGUCAGUUCUUAUUCUUGUCGAAUGGGAAAAUAGUGCAGUUUGUUCAAGUUUAUAUGAACUUAUUCGUCAUCUUGAUUCCUACACUUCACAUGGAUUAUUUUCAUAUGAUAAACUAAGUCCACAAGUGAAAUCUGUUGAAGGUAGUCCAGCUGUUCGACGAUAUUUUGAAAGUGUGGGUCAUCCAUCGAAUGUCCUAUCCGAUACAUUAAAUAAAGCACAUGUAUUACAUAAAUCAUCAUUCAAAUCAAAUGGUAAUAUAGAUGAAAGACAUCGCAAAGGUCUUCGUAUUCUUCGUAAUUUAACUGAAAUGAGUCGAUUAUCAACGGAUGUAUUUCGUCAUUUAUUUUUUGAUUCGGACGAUUAUGCUCGUCGAUGUAGUAUAGAUCUUGAUCAUGAUCAUGAAGUAGAUGUACAAAUGGAUGGUAUUGAUAUAAUUGAUACAAGAUUUCGACGAAAUGAAUAUGAUACAUCACGUAUGACAAAAAUGCUUAGAAAAAAAAUUAUAUUACAAUUAGAAGAUUGGUUUUCAUUUAUUGAAGUUAAAUCACAACGAAAUAUUACUAUGAAUUUUUGUCAUAAUGAUUUUCCAGGUCUUGUACAUUUUGUUUUUAUUGAUCGUAAUCGUGGACAAAUUUGUUCACCAGCACUUAUUACUGACAAUCAGCAACAGUAUGAAUUAAAAUGCAAUUCAACUGAUGGAAUUGAACAUAUUUUAGAAAAAAAAAUACUAGCAUUCGAAUUAGAAUGUCUUUCAGCACUUCAAAAUGGUUUUACAGCUUUUACAAUGUCAGAUGAAUAUUUUACUUAUAAUUAUACAUUACAUUUACAAGAGAGUAAUGGUGCUUCGAUGCGACUUUACAAAUCUUUUGUACAAUCACAACCACCUGGUGUUUUACAUUUUGAUUUCUAUAAAGCACUAGCAGAAGAACAUUAUCCAUGGAUACCUUAUCAAACAUCAAUUGUAUGUUUCGAAUUGAUUACAGUUCAUUUACGUAUCAUACCAUCAUAUACUGUACGGCAACAAUGUGAUCGUCUUUGGUUAAAACUAAUGGAAACUGAUGAAUAG